GGAUCAGGAGCUUCUCUCCUGCUGCUCUCACCGCAAGGAGCCGGGAAGAGCUCCUGCCUAGAAGGCCUUCUCUGACUUUUUCCUUCUCCUCUGUGAACAAGGGUCGAGGCCGGGGGCCAAGGGAGCCUCUCCCCAUCACCCUUCUGAUCCGUGUUUCCCACCUGAAGGCCACAGGCCAUGGGGAGUGUCGGGGAGCCCCUGAGCCCUCUCUACCGGUGGUACAUCUAUGCCAUCCAUGGGUAUUUCUCGGAGGUGAUGUUCACAGCCGUCUGGGCCUUCGUCGUGGACCGGGACUGGAAGUUCCAGGGCGUCACCAGCAUCUGGGCGCUCUUUAUCUACGGGACCUGUGCUUUGGCCCUUGAGCGCCUCUACCUCCUGCUGAAGGACCGCUGCGGGCUCCUGGCCCGCGGCACCCUCUACACCCUCUGCGUCUACCUCUGGGAGUUCGGCACGGGCUACUGCCUCCGCCUCUUCGACGCCUGCCCCUGGGACUACAGUGGCUUCCGCUACAACGUCAUGGGCCUCGUGACGCUGGAGUACUGCCUUUUCUGGUUUGUGGGCACCCUCCUGCUGGAGAAGCUGGUCAUUCGCAAUGCCCUCCGGCUGAGGUUGGAGGUGGCCCGGAAGCCCAAAGGGAGGCCCGCCUCCAGAUUCGGACUUAAGCCUGAGUGAUCUCGGUCCAGUUCAGGAAGCCAGGAAAAGUCUCCUGUUUGUCGAAUCCAGCCUGCGAUUGCCAGCCCUUCCUCUCUUUGGCUGCCUGCUUAAGCCCUCCACACCUUCUUCGGUUUUGGAGCCACUGCUGGGAAGAAGUUAAUGGUGCUGUUGUCCUGGAUGCAUGCGUAGACCGCAGGGUCAAAGCGCCGGUACUGCAAAGCGCAGAAAGGGCGGUGACACCCGUCGGUUAAUCCCCUGCCUGCCAGCUCCCCUCUUCCUGCAGACCUUCAGCUGCCAUCUUCGCUUUAGCUUCUGUGGAAACAGAUUCUCCCCUACAAAACCAAAACAACAAACCAAAACUGUUUGUGGGUUCUCUGUGUUGUAACACAAAAUGUUUUGAGGUGCCUUGGGUUGGAUCAGGCAAUCAAGAUCCAUUCAGUUUACAAAAUACGUAACUCCUUUUGUGGCAAUGAAAACUUUUAGAACUGGCUCCUUGAUUUGACACGGGACACUUCAUGGGCGCAUGAUGGAGUGUGCAGUCUCACUAUACAAAGGCAUUGGAAGGCGUGUUGGGGAUCUUGCUUUUCGUUUAAAGUCAUGUGGUCGUCCCAUGUUUUUCACGUUGUUGUGCGUGUGUCCCCCUGGGGGAAUGUUUAAUCCAUUUUUAAACUGUAUUGGGCAUCAGUCAAGGGGGCUACGCAGACUGUUGGAUCCCUGCCUUGGAGGGUUUAUCCUGUGCUACCCCACCCUCAGGUUGCCUGCCUUUCACAGCCUCUUGCUGCUGCUACUGCAACAGUGUUAAUUCUAAUAUUUGUUUCAACUUUUUUAUCUCUCUCAAACUGGGAUAGUGCUAGAUCAAUAUUGCUGAUGCAAAAAACAAAAUGAAACAGAUCAGACUGCUAGGUUUCCCGGCAGCCGAAACCCCACAAUCCUGGCACCUGUUCCCUUGACAAAGCCCACAGACACAAAUGACACCGGCCAGAGGCAUUCACAUAGUAUGCCCAAACCAUUCAAAGUCAAUCAGUUUUACAAGACACUUGAAGUAAAUCACUGUCUCACAGCUGAGUAAAAUACCUUACCUUUUAACUAAAAAAACCACACGCUUCCUGGGCAAAAAAUUAUACAUCUGUAUUCCCUAUGUGCUGUGUAUCUGGAAUGUUAAAAAUCAAUUUCAAACAUGCUAAACUUGAUUGAAAAACAGGUUUGGUUUUGUUUGUGUUGAAGAAGUCACCGCGCCCUGACUGUCAGGGCCCCGUCAUCCAGCCUUUGUGUCCAAGACAAAAGGACAGAAGAGGGGCUGAGGCAGGUUGAGCCAUCCUUGGCAGACGGCGGAUGGAUUCCGGCAUCCUUUCCUCUCACGCAGAAAAAUGCUUGAGGUCAACC